ACCCGCGGUGGCGCGACACCUCUCCAUCCAGACACCCAAACUUGCCCGCUCUCCGGCCGGCGCGAGCACGCCAUGCUCCCGCUCGCCGCCGCAAGGGCCUGCCUUUCCUCCCCGGCGCCGCCGCCAAGACCCCCAUCCCGAGCGGCGCCUCUCUCCCCCCUUCUCCGUCACCGCUCCACCGCGACGCAGCCCAAGCCCGCCCGGCCCCACCUCCUCCGUCCGCUCGGGGCCGCAGCGGGCGCCGGCGCGCCGGGCGCGUCGUCGCGGCCCGCGAGGGACCGCGUGAUCGACUUCGGCAAGUACAAGGGCCAGAUGCUGGGCACGCUGCCGCCGUCCUACCUGCGGUGGGUGGUGGCGGAGCUCGACUACGGGGACACGCUGGUCUGGGCGCGCCUGGCGCGCGAGGUGCUCGACGACCCCGUCUACGUCGACCGGGUCGAGUGGGAGCACGCGCACCGCUUCCUCCGCGGCGACUCCAAGUUCGACUACGUCUACGACGACGACGGCGACGGGCCGCUCCAGGAGAUGGCCGAGCGCUUCGGCUGGGACCUCUCCGACGAGGACGGCUGGGGCCGCCUCGACUUCCGCCUCCUCGGGACCUCCUACGGCGGCCGCAUCCCGAGGAAGGCGGACCGGCGCCAGAGCACCGGCAGCGGCAACAGAUCCCCCCGCGGCGGCAGCGCCCUGUUGGAUGACGGGGCGGCUGGCCUGGACGGCCCGAUGGGGAAGAGGGACGAGAGGAGGGAGCGGAUGCGGACGAGGAGGGAGGAGCAGGUGAGGACGGCCAAACUGGACGUGCUCGGCGUGAACGCCGGCGCACCGAGGAAGGCCCGCAUUGGAGCGGCGGCAAAGAAGGACAUCCUGGGGCUGGGGCGCGGUGGCGAGAGGGCGGCGCCGGGGAAAGGCGGCGAGGGAGGUAGCCCGUUCCCCGGCCGGCAAGCGUUCCUCGACAAGGUCAGGAAGCUCAAGGGCGAUGAUAGCUAGCACCAGCAGCUAGGCUAGGUGAUUCCAGGAUCGUUUAGGUGCUCCAACUCCGUAGACGAAACUUUGGGCAGUUCAUGGAAUCAAGCAGCUUGUAUUCAUUUCGAAUUUUUUACAAAAGUGAGAUCUACAGUAGCA